UAAGAAUCGGGGUCAUACCCUCAACAAUCUCUCUCUCUCCCUCUCUCUCUCAGUUAUAUUUGUUAUUAUGACCAUAUGUGCAUACGACUCGGGACGAGAAUUAUGGUGCCGCGACGGCAAGGCCGCGGCUCACUUGAAACUCAUUUCUAUAUUCAUCAUCUUUUUCACCAGCGUAAUCGGCAUCUCGCUGCCCGUAUUAUUCGCUCGUUUCUUCCAGGGCAAGCCGGCCUACGACAAGGCCGUGUUGCUCAUCAAAUGCUUCGCCGCCGGUGUAAUUCUCUCCACCUCGCUCGUCCACGUCCUCCCCGACGCCUUCAACGCCCUCGCCGACUGCCAGGUCUCCUCCCACCAUCCCUGGAAAGACUUCCCCUUCUCCGGCCUCGUCACGCUCGUCGGCGUUCUCAUGGCGCUGCUCGUCGACUUGACGGCGAGCUCGCACGUGGACAGCCACAGUGAACGUGACGUCAGCGAGUAUAAGCCGAUUGGAGCGGCGGAGAUGAAGUGUUGCGGCGGGAAGGUGGUGGAGAGAGAGGCGGAUUUGGAGAGCGAGGAGAGGAUGAGUGUGGCGGAGGAGGAGAUGGCGGUGAAGAUGAAACAGAGAUUAGUGUCGCAAGUGCUGGAAAUAGGGAUUAUUUUUCAUAGUGUGAUUAUUGGGGUUACGAUGGGGAUGUCGCAGAAUAAGUGUACUAUUAGGCCGCUUGUUGCUGCCUUGGCUUUUCAUCAGAUUUUUGAAGGCAUGGGGCUUGGUGGUUGCAUCGCACAGGCAGGUUUCAGUUUUGGGACAACAGCAUACAUGUGUUUAAUGUUCUCUGUAACAACUCCGAUGGGGAUAGUACUGGGAAUGUUAGUAUUUUUUGUUACAGGUUACGACGAUCACAGCAGCAAUGCCCUGAUUAUUGAAGGUCUACUGGGAUCUUUAUCAUCGGGGAUACUCAUUUACAUGGCUCUUGUCGAUCUUAUAGCCCUCGAUUUUUUUCAUAACAAAUUAAUGAAUUCUGAAAUAUUCUUAAAGAAGGUUUCAUUUCUUGCUCUUUUUCUUGGCUCUACAUUCAUGUCAAUCCUUGCCCUGUGGGCUUGAACAGAGAUGCAAUUCUAUUCGACGCGUGUAUUUCACAACCCGCUCUUGUAUCUUAAACCAGCUUGUAAUAAUUCUGUCAUGUAUGAUUCUUUUGGUAUAUGCACAUAUGAACUAAUCAA